UAGGGCCCGCAGAGUCCGCCCGCUCCCGCGCGCCGCCGCCUCCUCACCAUGAAGCCCGUGAGUCGCCGCACCCUGGACUGGGUGUACUCAGCGCUGCUGCUUGCCGUGGUUUCCCUUUCGUGGGGAUACGUCAUCUAUGCAUCCACUGUGGCUGCGCGACGACAGCUGAGGAAGGACUUCCCAGACCGAAUCUUCGGAGCCAAUGAGCGCUUGUAAUUCUCCUGGGCCUAAUUCUCAGUAAUCUUAUCUGACACCAUGAAGACUUAAUACAAACUUACCAAACUUAUUUUUGGAUAGUUCUUUAUAAUAAACAUUUCAUGCCAAUUUUUCAAAUAGGGUUAGCAAGCAUGAGGUAUUUGUUCUGUUUAUUGCAUAUUACAUUUCACCCUCCCAUACCAAAUCAGCAUUGUGUGAGAAAAUAAAUAUUUUAUGUAACUGACUAAA